GCGGGCACCACGGGCAUCCCCACCGGACCGCAUGCUGUGAACACUGACACCACACUCUCGCACCGCCUUGUCGUUCACUGCUGUUACCGUCUCUGUCUCGUCUGUCUCUUCGCUCCUGCACUGGAAAGCAGCGCGCACGUUACCUACGCCACUAGACCCUCCGCACGCCACUCGGACGCCUCCACGCUCAGCAGCGAGCGUUGGCGUACUUUUGAACAGCGCAGCAAAGUGCAAGCACAGCUCUCAACCAUAGCUCUCAAGCACGCGCGAUAACACCCAUCCUACGGCAAACAUGAUUGCUGGACGUGGCAGGCAACGCAUUCGACCCCCGCGUAGGGGUCUGCACGGUGACGAGAUCGACUUCGAUAAUACAUGGGCAAUAAUCGAGGCUGCCUUCCGCGAAAUUCACACAAAAAAUGCUUCGAGGCUAUCGUACGAAGAGCUCUAUCGCCAUGCCUAUCGGAUCGUCCUGAAGAAGAAAGGCGAAGAUCUGUACCGAAACGUUCACGACUUCGAGCGGAAGUGGCUGAGUAGCGAAGUGCGCGCCGCCAUUCAGCAGUUGCUAUCCCCCAAUCUCCUUGUGAAUGCGCAGAGUUUGGGUGGCACAACUGCCAAUGAGCGACGGGUUGCGGGCGAGAAGUUCCUAAAGGGUUUGAAGCAGGCAUGGGGAGACCACCAGGUCUGUAUGAGCAUGCUGGCAGAUGUGCUCAUGUACAUGGACCGUGUCUACUGUACAGACCACCGCCGACCGUCGAUUUUCAAUGCCGCUAUGGUCCUGUUCCGCGACGAGAUCCUGCGUUCACCCGUCUCCGAUCACGAUGCGCGGCUUCUGCUCGGCCUGGUGAACCACGUUAUCCUUGACCAAAUACAAAUGGAGCGCGACGGCGACGUCAUCGACAAACAUCUCAUCAAAUCCUGCGUGUGGAUGCUUGAAGGGCUGCACGACGAUGAGACUGAGGCGGAAGAACAGCGACUGUACAACGUAUCUUUCGAACGAGAGUACCUGGAUACUAGCAGAGACUUCUACAAGAGCGAGUCAGAGCGGCUAUUGCGCGAGUCCGACGCUGGCGCUUACUGCAGAUACGCUCGAAGGAGAAUUUACGAGGAAGACGAACGGUGCAAACAGACUCUUCUGGAUAGCACAGGGCCGAAAAUCCAGAAGGUCGUUGAAGACGAGCUUAUCAAGAACCGGAUACACGAACUGGUAGAGAUGGAGAGCGGAGUACGGUACAUGGUCGACAACGACAGGAUAGAAGAGCUCAACCUCGUAUAUGAUCUCAACCGGCGAGUCGAUGAGAAGAAGUCGGAACUCACACGAGCGAUCCAAAAACGAAUCGUUGACUCAGGUACCGAUGUGAACAACGACGCCAUUGCUGCAUCGCAAGCUUUACCUCCUGCUCCCGCACCUGUAGCCGAUCCUGCGGACAAGAACAAGAAGGUCGUGCAAGAAAAAAGCAUCAACCAGCAAACGGUGGCCGCUAUCAAAUGGGUUGAGGACGUUCUCAUGCUAAAGGAUAAAUUUGACCGCAUUUGGAGAGAUUCAUUCGAGGCUGAUGCUCUUCUGCAGCAAGCAGUCACCAGGAGUUUUGCUGAAUUCAUCAAUUCGCCGACAUUUCCAAGAUCUUCCGAAUAUAUCUCGCUCUUCAUUGACGAGAACAUGAAAAAGGGCAUUAAGGGCAAGACCGAGAUGGAAAUCGAUGCUGUCCUCGAGAAGGCCAUCAUUUUGCUACGAUACGUGCAGGACAAGGAUUUGUUCGAGCGCUAUUACAAGAAGCACUUGUGCAGACGGUUGUUAAUGAACAAGUCUAUCAGCAACGAAGUCGAGAAGCAGAUGAUCUCGAAGAUGAAGAUUGAGCUUGGCAAUAAUUUUACUUUGAAGCUGGAGGCCAUGUUCAAGGACAUGACUAUCUCCGAAGAGCUCACUGCAGGCUUCAAGAAGCAUGUCGAAGGUCUCGGCGAAAAGGACCCAAAACGUAUCGAUCUGAACAUCAACGUGCUUACCAGCAUGACGUGGUCGCUCGAGACUAUCAGUGGUACAGCCGACGACGGAGAAGGUCGUCCACGAUGCAACUUUCCCACUGCGGUGGAAAAAGUCAAGCGUGGAUUCGAGAAGUACUACAACGAGAAACAUUCCGGGAGACAGCUCACUUGGCUUGCCAACAUGGGGUCGGCGGACAUCCGGGCUACCUUUAAGAAAGUGCAGCAGAAGGAUGGGUCGUUCAAGGAGCGCCGCCACGAGCUCAACGUACCAACCUAUGGCAUGGUCAUUUUAUUGCUGUUCAACGACUUGCCAGCAGAUCAGCACUUGACCUUCGAAGAGAUUCAAGCGCAGACAAACAUCCCAGCACCGGACCUUAUCAGAAACUUGCAGUCUCUCGCUGUUGCGCCCAAAACACGUAUCUUGAUCAAGGAUCCCAUGUCCAAGGAUGUGAAGCCAACUGACAAGUUCUUCUUCAACGAAGGCUUUAAUGGCAAGUUUGUCAAGAUCAAGGUCGGUGUGAUCAGCAGCGGCAACAAGGUUGAGAGCGAUCGAGAGCGACGAGAGACGGAGAAGAAGAACGAUGACUCGCGACAGUUCUGUGUCGAGGCUGCCGUUGUCCGAAUUAUGAAGCAACGUAAAGAGCUUUCUCAUCAACAGCUUAUCCUUGAAACACUCAGCCAGUUGGCUGGUCAAUUCAAGCCUGAAGUCAACAUGGUGAAGAAGCGUAUAGAGUCGCUCAUCGAACGCGAGUACCUCGAGCGCAUCGACGGAGCAAAACUAGACUCAUAUCGAUACCUCGCAUAGGCUGCGGCAAUUUGGCGUUGUACAAUAGGCGUUCGGAGAGCUUUACAUUUGGGCAGAUUCCCCUGGUGAUGCAUAGCAUGGCGUAAGGAAGAUCUACGACCUGGGUCAGACACAGGCGUCUACGGUUCAAACGGACGCAUAGCAUCAA